AUGGCGCGACGACGCGCAACGAGGUUGCCGCUCCAGCGGCUCCUGAGCGUUGGCCUUGGUGGUAUUGUCCUUGGCGCCGCCGGGACACUGGCCGCCAUCGAGUUUCUCCUUCCGGACGAGGACGACCGCCCCGUUCCGACGACCGACGUCAUCGACUCGGUGGCGCCCGUGCAUGAAGCCGUGCGCUUUGGCGCUCCAUCGCUCCAGAAUGUCAAGGUUCGCGAAGGCUACGUCUUGAGCUACGAUCGCCGGCUCCGCAAUCCGUCGUGGGUCGCCGAGUACAUCACAAAGGCGUCGCUAGAGAAGAGCCCGGACGUAAACCGUCUCAAGGCGUCAUUCAAGGGCGACUUGUCGACGCCGCCGCCGUUCCGAGUGACGCCAUCCGAGUACCACAACAGCGGCUACGACCGUGGUCACUUGGCGCCAGCCCGCGAUAUGUCGACGUCCCAAGUCGCCGUGAACGAAAGCUUUCUCAUGACCAACAUUUCGCCGCAGGUGGGCAAGUUCAACCGCGGGUACUGGUCGCGCGUGGAAGGCUUUGUGCGGCACUUGGCCAACCAAUAUGAUGGCGUCUACGUCAUCACGGGUCCUCUCUUCUUGCCGACGAAGGACAAGAAGGGCGACGGGUACCGCGUCUCGUACCCGAUUCUGGGCACGCCCUUGAACGGCGUCGCCGUGCCCACUCAUUUUUUCAAAGUUGUCUUGGUUGCGGCCAAACCGUCCAAGACGGACAAGGCUGGCACCAAGAAGUACUUGGCCGCGGGCUUUGUUUUGCCCAACGAAGGCAUUGCGGAGAAGACACCGCUGCGUUCGUUCCUCAUGCCGCUUGACAUGAUUGAGCGCUAUGCGGGUCUCCUCUUCUUUGAAAAGAUCGACCGGUCGGCGCUCUCGCCCCUCUGCGACGACACCAAGUGCGAGCUCAAGGCGCAAGAUUUCCAGCGCCACGUCAAGGCCAUUGCCGCGUGA